AUGGUAGCGCGGAAUGAUGUGUUGAUGGAGACCAUGAAUCAAUGCAAUGGGGAGACAGGGAAGAGGAUAACAAGGGUUUUGCCCGUCCACAGUUUAAAUUUUUCUGCGCAGGAUACUACCAAACAAGUAGUUGAAAAAUGGACUGUAGAAUUGGAGAGAGGGAACCCGGAGGCUAAGGCUCUACUUGAAAGCGCAGAAGCACUGCGAAUGAGCGAUAUACCAGUGGCAUUCCCUACGGAGACUGUGUACGGAUUAGGUGCGGAUGCGACACGAAGCGCGGCUGUUCAGGGCAUAUACAAAGCCAAGCAAAGACCGGCAGACAACCCCCUCAUCGUUCAUGUUAGCUCACGGGAGCAAUUACAGCGCAUCCUGCGAUCGCACUCAUCAAGACCUGACCAUGGUAGUUCCGACUCGAGAAAGACGGGAAACCAGGAGAGAGAAGAAACCAAUCUCAUCCCGCCCAUAUACGAGCCUCUAAUAAGCAAAUUUUGGCCUGGCCCAUUGACUAUCAUAUUACCGAAUCCAACGCCUUCCCCUCUCGCACCGGAGGUUACAUCUACACUUACUACGUUUGGCGCUCGAAUGCCAUCUUCUCCGCUUGCAAGACUCCUCAUACAUCUCACGGAUAGACCACUUGCAGCCCCGUCUGCAAAUGCCUCAACAAAACCAUCUCCCACCACGGCUCAGCAUGUGUUUACUGAUAUGCAGGGACGUAUUGAUAUUAUCCUGGAUGGAGGUCCCUGUGGAGUUGGAGUGGAAAGUACUGUGGUUGACGGACUUCUACACCCCCCAGCAAUACUCCGUCCAGGAGGUAUUGGUAUUGAAGAGAUACGGGCGUGCCCUGGAUGGGAGGACGUGCGAGUUGGGUAUAAAGAUGGCGCAUUGCAGGGUAAAGAGGCACCGCGGGCUCCCGGAAUGAAGUAUAAGCAUUAUUCCCCGAAGGCGAAAGUUGUCCUGUUUGAGGCGGGGAAGGGUAUUCAAGCGGUCAAAACCAGGCUGCUUCAGGAUCUAGCACGGGAUACUGGUGAAGAGAAACAUGGCUGUAGCGACGUUGCAUCCUCUUUCCCUCGUGUAGGGAUAGUCAGGACCAAAUGUUGGAAGAAGGGAUUGGGUAUUCCUAGUUCCCCUGAAUAUAGACUAAACGAUGGCUCAACUGGUUCAGAGCCAUCGAGCAUAUCCAAUGCCCAAACUGAUCCCCUCGCCUCUCCACCCAGUGAAGUUCACCAACAGAUUCACCUGCGGCUUCUCCCUUCCGCAGAACUCAACUUGGCUACCCCCGUUGAGCUCUUCGAUGUUAGCAUUGGUCGAGAUACAGAAUCGAUUGCAAGGGGCUUAUUUUCUGCUUUACGCGGUUUAGAUGAGGAAAAUGUCUCCGUAAUAUAUGUUGAAGGCAUCCCGGAUACAGAAGGGGAUCUUGCGGCUGCGAUCAUGAAUCGGUUGCGAAAAGCGGCAGAGGAGGAAAUUAGAUGA